AGUCACCGCCUCGCCGGUCGGGGUUGGCCGGUGUCGGCGGUGUCUGCGAGUGCGAAGUCUGGACUCUGGAGUAUUAACACUACUGACACCUUUCAAAGAAUGUUUCAACCAACUUUUGAAUCUUUUUGUUUGGUAAAUAUAACGUACAUACAAAUAGUUUUUGAAGUGGAAUAACUUGAUGAUUCCUUCUUUUUUGGACGAGGAAUAUAGAUACUUAAGAGUCUACAUUUUUUAGAAAUGCCGCCAUUCCAAAAACCACGUAGUUUUAAACAAGAUACCUUUUUGUUGGAAGCUGUAAAUGCUAAUGAAAGUCUAAAAAAUGAUGUACAGGUUGUUGAAGAUUUAACUCAAAAACAACAGAAUACUUCAGAUUCAAAUAAGCCAGAGACCAAUAUAGUAAAAUGUAUAUCAAAAACUGUAGAGCAAUAUUCAAGUCAUCUAACUGAAUUGGAGCUGUCGAAUCAGAAUUUGCAUGAUUUAUCUGAUCUGUUCAAGUCUAUUGGCAAUUUGAAAAAGUUGUAUAUCCAUGACAGUUUGUUAGUUGAGUUACCUGAUUCCAUUAAGGAAUUGAAGAAUUUGCAUGAAUUAAACUUAAGUCAAAAUGAACUGAAAGAGCUUCCAGAAACUAUAAGUAAUUUAAAACAUCUGGAAAAACUAAUUCUUACUCACAAUCAUCUGAAAACAUUACCACUAUCUUAUGCUAAGUUGCAGUUACUCAGAGAACUAGAUCUCUCAGAUAACAAUUUUCAAUGUCUUCCAAAAUGUAUAGCAAAUGGAUUAGGAACAUUGAGGAUAUUGAAUAUUUCUGAAAAUCCUCAUGUGCAAGUGAAUGUUAUUCCUAGCAGUAAAUAUUUGGAAAAAUUUAUAGCCAGAAAUAAUAAAAAUUGUGGUACUUUCCCAGAUUGGAUUUUGAACUCAAAGUUUUUUAAUAUGAAAGAGUUCAAUUUAGAUAACACACAAUUUGAUAUUUAUACAUUUAAUGGAAAGGAAGGAGAUUUAUACUAUACAAAACUGUCAAUGACUUCAUCAAAUUUAUCAAGUUCAUAUUUAGAUAUGAUGAUUGAACACAUGAUCAACCUUCGAAUUAUUAAUGUAGGUAAUGAAAACAUUCAAGGAUCUGGGAAUGUUUUUAACUGCAUACCGAUUCAGAGUUUUAGAAAUCCACAUUUUAUUACGGAAAUAAAUUUUCGAAGAACAGGUCUUGGCACUGUACCCACUGCAAUAAAUCAGUUAUGUAAUUUGAAAACAUUAGAUCUAGGAUUGAACACUAUUUCAUGGUUCCCAGAUGAAUUCUAUGAACUACAGAAGUUAGAAUAUCUAAAACUUGAUGGAAACCAUUUCAUUUUGUUCUCAGAUAAGAUUGGCAAUUUAAUAUCCAUUAAAGAAAUUCAUGCAGAGAAUAACUCAUUAGAAACAUUACCAGAAUCAUUUCAGAAUUUAAAAAAUCUCAAAUUAAUUGAUUUCUACAAUAAUAAAUUUAAUGAGAUUCCAGAAAUACUUGGUAAAAUAGAAUCUUUGAAAGGUUUGGAUGUUGAGUUCAAUUAUUUUACAACUACUGAUAUAAAAGUUGGGAAUACUGAUUAUUCAACAUUAAAAGAGUUUUUACGAAAAAAAAAAUGUAUUGAUAAUAGGAAUACAGGAGUUUCUAAACAAGAUUCAUCUUCAGACGAACAUUCUAGUAGCUGCAUUGGUUCGUUUACUGAUUCUAGUAGUGAAGAUAAAGAUCCAUUUUAUAUAUCAUGUGAUUCCGAGGAAAAUUGGGAUAUUACUACAGAUACAGAUGAUGAGUUUGAACCUAAUAGUUUGGAAAUAAAUUACAACGAACAUUCGAAAGAAUAUUUGAAAGCCAAUUUUGCUCCAUUGGGCUUCUGUCCAGCAGACCUUCAUUCAGUGUCCAUUCGUCAGGAGGUGGCAUCUAUGCAGGCUUAUGGUUCUAUACCUUCUUACAAAAUAGUAGAAGGUCAAUUCGAUGAUGCUUGAACGAUAAAAUCUAAUUGUAAAAAACGCGCCAUAUUUUUAUGUAUGCAAAUAUGUUUGUUAGUUUUUAAAAAACUGAUUUUAUUUUAAUUAUGUGAAAUAACUCCGAUUACACUAAUUGCGCUUAAGUAUAAAUUACAGAGUACAAAUUAUUUAUUAAAUUAAGUGAUUAUGUUAUUAAGAUUAAAUCAUAUGUGUUCAUUAGAACUAAAUAAGGUGAAUGCUAUGAUAUAAGUAUGAGGAAAGAAGAUAAUUUAUAGAAUUAUAUAUAUAUAUAUACAUGUCCAAUGUACAGAACAAUAUUAUAA